AUGUUUGUCCGCGUGGGAUCUGAAUCACUACACGGAAAGGUCUGCUUUCAGCGCAUCCGCACCGUGGUGAUGGACGAGGCGCACACGCUCAUCUCGGAUGCCAGCUACCGAGAUGUGAUGGACGAAGUCGCAGCCAGUGUGGGUUCUGGCGGAUGGACCAACAUCAAACGCGUGGCGUUGACGGGCACACUGUGCAUCGGGGACCAGGAGCAUCUGUUUCAAAAGCUGGGUCAGCAAGUCGGGGGCAAGGUGUACCGUCUAGAGACGAUGCGUCGCGAUCUGCAGCUGCGUGUGCUUCACGGAAACCAGCUAAACUUUUUGUCGCAUGUGCAAGCCAUUGUGGACACGCAGCGGAUGAUGCGUCAGGCGAAUGGGGAGCGUGUGCACAUGAUGGUCUUUUGUGACACCGUGAACGAGGUGAAGCUGCUGUGUGACCAGCUGCACGCAUACGGCUACAUGGCCUUGCCCUACUACACCGACCUGGAGGAGAAGGUGCAAAAGGACCAUGUGGCACGGUGGCAACGGGGUGAAUGCGACGUCAUUGUGGCCACCAGCUGCCUCAGCACGGGUGUGGAUCUGCUCACCAUUCGCCACGUGCUGUGGUAUGGCAACGGCUACAACGUCUAUACGCUGGCCCAGGUACGCUGUUGCUCAAGCGGUCGUGUGACUUUAUGGAUUUGGAGUUGA